AGACUGCCUCCAGCAGACUCACCAGACUCUGGACAUGGCUGAGAGGUGGCCACCCUUCACCCUUUUCUAAUUUAUCUCAUAACUGGGACAGUUGAAGAUUGAGUUGUUUUUAUCAAGUUGGGCAGCACCUCUGGCUCCAAGUUCAAAGAAGGAAAUGGCUCCCUCAAUCCACUGUGAGCUGCAUCAGGUUGUGUUGGGACCCUGUGUAUUUUAGCACUGCUGAGAAAGCUGUUCUUCUCGUGGUCCGUGGAUGCUAGUGAGGCUGAGAGUGGGAAGCACAUCCCAAGGCUUGAUCAGGAAUUAGAAAGACUAAGAUUGGGAUGUUCCUGACUUCAACAAUUGCAGCCAUUCAGGAAACUUUCAGGUAGAAAGAAGGAAGACGCCUUCAGGUAAGAACAAAUGUUGGCCACUUUGGUGUAGCAUUCCUUUUGUAUUCAGCUACCUGCUGUACCUAACUAUUGCCUUUAGUUUCUUCUUCUAAUUCUCCCUUAGCUUUUUUUUCCACAAAAAUCUUUCCUGUGUCUGCACCUGGGAGAAUAAACGUCUUCCUGUCUUCUUGCCUACUGCAAGACUUGGUUAACUUGCAUAAGAUCGUGUGUUUCUUACAUAGAACAUAGCAGAUAAAUGAGAUGCACAGUUCCUUACCAGAAGGCAACUUCAUUCCCUGUGAAACCUGAGUUUUCUGUGAGGCUAAGAUACACUGCUUCAUAUAAUUAAGAAUUACAAGCAAAUUAAGGGUUAGCUCUGCUAAACUUGUCAAGCUUCCUAAUGCUCUGCAUAGUCUUAGACCUGACUCAGACUCGCACCUAUGUUCCCUGCAGUCUUGUACCUGUACGUUUCCACUGAGCAUUGCACAGCAGCACAGAGAAGGGUGGGUCUGCCAUUGUCGCAUGGUAGGAAGAAAGUUAUUAAUUACUUCUGCUCUCAAGUGAAGAAACGCAGGUGUGACGAUAAUGAGAGGUCUCCUGUAUCCCUGCCUGAAAGAUGGGGAUUAGAGAUCAACCACAGUAACUUUUGCUGUCUCUGGUUUUGUACGAGAUUGUACUUAGCUCCAAGCGUAUCUUCAGGGGGAGGGAGGCCCCCGGCUUCAACCACACUCAUUCACAGUCUGUCUAAACAGGGGGGUAAUGCACAGACUAAGUAACCUGGAUCCAGUGACAACUUGGUAGCCUGCAGAACCUGAAACAGCACAGCUGUGGAAAACAGAACUGCAUGUAGCCAAAGUAGAAGAAGGCUGUUUGGUUCAGCAUCAUGCUAUCAUGGCUCUGCAGCUUGUGGGACAUGAGUGAAUACCAUCUCUUGAUCCUGUUUUGUAUUCAUACCCACUUGCCUGAAGCAGAAGCUCAGGCUUUGAUUCAUGGAGAUGUGCCACAGACUGUUUCAGUUCCCCCCGGAGCCUCAUUUUAUUCAUGGGUUACUUUCACCAGGUUGCAGCUUAGCUGGUUUCAAAGAAAUCCUUCCUGAGGUACGUAACUCCUCCUACAUUUUGUAAGGGAGGCCCAAAGGCAUCAGUCAGGGCUGAAAAUCACCCCAGACUGGAAGGUGAGUGAAUGGGAACUGCUGAGUCACAGCCUGAACCCGGAAGGUGCAAGUAGGACCAAAGUAGUGUGGCAUGCUUGCACCUUGGGGGAGACUAUUGGAGAUGGGGGGUUCAGUAGUCCCUCCAGUAAUCGGUACAUGGCCUGCAGUCAUUGUGGUCAACACCCUGGUCUUCAUUGCUAAGGGCCCCUCCUCAUGUCCCUGUGGCAAAUCAGGACCCCCUUUGGUGCCUGAUACAGUUAUGAGCCACAGAUAUCUGGCCAAAGGUUGUGAUACAGGUGGCUGGGACAUCCCCAGUGUAAGCUGAAGUGUUGACCCAGGAUAGGAAUACAGCCUGUAUUUUGCCCUGGAGGGCAGACCUUCCCCUCCUGGUACCUCUGAAACAUCUGUACUACUCUCUGUGAGCCUUUGGAAGUCACAAUGGCAAUUGUGUGUUAGGGUGUGUUGGAUCCCUGUAUUAGGGAAGGCUCACCCUCCAGCUGGCUCAAUCAUUGGUCCAUGCUGUGAAGGGUGCAGUGUAUGGGAACUGCUGAGGCGCAGCCUGAAGCACUGAUUGAUCACCUGGGAAAGGACUGGGUCAGCCCUGGGAGCUCAGGUGAAGGCAGUUCAGCUGUGAAGACCUCAUUUAAGAGCUAACUGCCACUGUAAUCUCUCUUGCUGUAGAUCCUUCCUUUGUGGAGUCCUUCUGUGAGUCUAGAUCUUUGGAGGUGGGGGAGCAUUCUUUCUGUAACAUCUCACUGUGUUGGUCCUGCUGCCAUUACAAUGAGUAAGGCUGCAAUACCUAAAGUAUUUCUGGAGAUGUCGCCUGCGAUGCCUUCUGUCACUUUGCUGUGUUCUGUUCUUUUGUCUUUUACAGAGCUUGGGACGUGCACAAAACUCAGCUCCUCUGGAAAUCUGAAUGUCUGACAGAUUAAGAUGUGAGCUGGACAGUCAGAGGCAAAGUAACAUCUCUUUGUCAGCUAUUUAGCAUUGAUGAUUGUAUGGAAAAGGUGACUUUGUAUUUUCCUUUAGGUAUUGCUCCAAACUGCAGACAACAAGCAGACUGCUUCAGUCACGCUCUAUUGCAGACAUGAAUGAGGAGAGUUCAGCUGCAACAAGUGAAUCUGGCAAAAUGAGAGGUGGUAAUCAGGCUGCUGCCUUACUGGCCCUACUAGACAAGACUGGAUACAACAUGAUUCAAGAAAAUGGGCAAAGAAAAUUUCAUGGGCCUCCACCAGCUAUUGCAGACAUGAAUGAGGAGAAUUCAGCUGCAACAAGUGAAUCUGGCAAAAUGAGAGGUGGUAAUCAGGCUGCUGCCUUACUGGCCCUACUAGACAAGACUGGGUACACCAUGAUUCAAGAAAAUGGGCAAAGAAAAUUUGGUGGGCCUCCACCAGGUUGGAAAGGUCCUCCACCACCUCGUGGGUGUGAAGUUUUUGUGGGUAAGAUCCCUCGUAACAUUUAUGAAGAUGAAUUGGUCCCUCUUUUCGAGAGAGCUGGAAAGAUCUAUGAGCUCAGGCUGAUGAUGGAAUUCAGUGGUGAGAAUCGAGGCUUUGCUUUUGUGAUGUACACCACUAAAGAGGAUGCCCAGCUAGCCAUCAAGAUUCUUAAUAAUUAUGAAAUUCGUCCAGGGAGAUUUAUUGGUGUCUGCAUAAGCUUGGACAACUGCAGACUAUUUAUCGGAGCAAUUCCAAGAGAAAAGAAGAAAGAAGAAAUACUAAAAGAAAUGAAAAGAAUUACAGAAGGAGUGGUGGAUGUCAUUGUUUGUCCAGAUGCCACAGACAGAACUAAAAAUCGUGGAUUUGCUUUUGUAGAAUACGAGUCCCACAGAGCAGCUGCAAUGGCUAGAAGGAGGCUACUCCCAGGAACGUUCCAGCUCUGGGGUCGUGCAGUUCAAGUCGAUUGGGCAUGCCCAGAGAAAGAAGUUGAUGCAGAAACAAUGCGGAGAGUUAAAGUAUUGUAUGUAAGAAACUUAAUGAUUUCUACUACGGAGGACACAAUUAAAGCUGAAUUCAACAAGUUCAAGCCACGAGUAGUUGAACGUGUAAAGAAGUUGAGAGACUAUGCGUUUGUGCAUUUCUACAACCGAGAGGAUGCAGUUGCUGCCAUGUCUGUGAUGAAUGGAAAGUGCAUUGAUGGAGCCAGCAUUGAAGUAACUCUGGCAAAGCCAGUUAACAAAGAAAGUACUUGGAAGCAACAUCUUAAUGGUCAUGUAAGCCCCUGUUCUGAGAAUCUCAUGGAAAUUCCUAGCAGAGAAGACAGUCACCAAAAAUCCGUAGAGAAACCUGCAAGUCUUUCUCUCAGCCUUAAUGGUCAGCACAGUCCGAGCUCUCCUGAACUUGAAUGGUAUCCAUACCCAUUUCUUCCAGGAGUAAAGCUUAUUCCAAUUAGCAUGUAUUCUCUAAAAUCCAGUUACUUCAGUUCUGCUGUGAUGCGUCUGGAUUACUUUUGCUACAAAAAUAACUGGUUACCACCAGAAUACUACUUGUACUCAACCACAAGUCAGGAUGGGAAAAUCCAUUUGGUGUGCAAGGUGCUUCUUCCGAGUAUUGCAGAUGGUUCGCAGAGCUGCUUCAUGUCACACAAACUCUGUACCACACUAGAAGAUGCGAGGGAAUUGGCAGCGCAGAUGGCACUUCUGCAUCUAGACAGCUGUACACCUAACUCAGCUUGAAUUGCCCUGAAGUUGAGCAGUUGAAAAAUUUGGUAGUUGUUACUUUGAAUCUUGCCACGAAAGGAAGAAUACCACACUGCUGCGUGAUUACUGGAAAUUCAGAUCUCGUGUUACCUGCUGAAGGAUUUUUCAAAAGGACGUGUUUUAAACUUUGGAAGAUGAGUGCAAUUCAAUGUUAAAAAAUUGUUUUACUUAGAUUAAAUUUGUUUUAAAGGUAAUUGCUUAAAAGAUUUCAUUACCUGUAGUAGUUUCUACAACAGUAGCCUCUUUUUAGUGUUGAAAUAGUUUAGUAUGACUCCUGCCCCCUUGUAUUAUGAAUUUCAGUCAGAGUAUUUUUUAAGAUUGUGUUGCAAGUAAUCUUAAGUACACAUUUAAAAGCCAAUGCUGCCAGUGCUGCCUUUUCAAGCAAAAACAACUCCUGAUAUUUCUGUUAGUGGCUGUAGUAUGAAAUACCACACAAAGAUUUGCUUCUGUAAAAGCACACAUUUUAUAGGAAGAACAUUUCCUACAAACGUUUCCUUCUAAAGAGAUGUCAUUAAUUUUGUUUCUUUUACUUUGUUUCAAAAGUGGAUCUGUCUCCUUUAAAACUGGGUAAAUGCUUUCAGCUCCUGAUCAAGACUAAGGAUAUAAUGACACGACCUGUACAAGUAAUGUUGUAAGCUUUUUUUUUAAACUUGGAAAGCUGGUUGGAGGAAAAAAGUAGAUAGAAAACAAUGCAAUUGAGUGCUUUAAGUUGAAUAACUUUUCUUAAUGCAGUCAAACAUUACAGUUGGAUGUUUCAUCAAUAUAUUGCCUUUUUUGAUCUACCUAAAUGUUAUUUAUAUUUAAUGAUAGCUACAUAGUUGUUACAAGCGUUGUGAAUUUUAAUGUUUAAUACUGUGUUUUACUUCUUCAUUUGAAUUUG